AUGGCGAUGCCGAAUGGUAAAAAGAAGGAUAAGACAGCCAGGCGGCUGGAGACAUUGGCACAAUUGAAGUUUGACUAUGAGCUACUUGCAAGCGAGCUGUUCCACCUAAAAGAAUUCAUGUCCUUGGUUGAAUUUGAUCCCUCUUAUGAGAAUGAUGGGGAAGGCUACAAGCGAUUUUUGGAGGAUAGCAACCUAUCCUUAGAUAAUUUACAACCUGGACAGGAUGGGAGUAUAGACAGAGAGGAUUCUGGCAUGAGAAGAGUACGAAAAAGGCAGUUAAGGGCUAGUACGACUGCUGAAAAUGGGAACUCGAGUACAUGGCCCGACAUUGAACAUAAAGUACGAGCCAAAUAUGAUGAACUGAAGUCUAUGUUGGAAAAUAAUGGGCGGUUGCCUAUUAAUGGGACCAUGGUACCACAAUUAGUGAAGAGAAGGAAUAAUAAACUGCCGUCUCCAUCAAGUAAUAAUACUUCCUUUACAUCUACGGCACAAAAACAGCUAAAUCACCGCGUAAAGGAAGAGAAGGAAUCUUUUAGCGAGGAAGAUUUUGAUGGCAAGGUCUAUAGUAACGAUGACUACUAUUUUACCACUUCUUCGGAGGAUGAGGUUGAAAGCAGGCGUCAACGUCAACGAAAGAGACCUCGCAUUAAUCUGGUUGUUAAUCCACCAAAGCAAACAGUGACCAACCCAUUACAUGUAAAUACUCCGCAGUUUGCAAAUUUGCAUGAAUACAUGAAUUCUUUCAAAUCUAUGGACGAAGAUGUAUCUAUCGAAGAAUACGAACAUUAUAUUCAGGAACAAAAAAAAGUAGUCGCAGCAAUACGAAAAGGUUUAGAGAACGGCGCCUUGAAAUACGAUCCCGUUACAGACUCUGUGCAGGCCAUUACCACCAAAGAGGCAAGAUUGACACAAUCUCAUAGGCCCGAGCCUAUCACGUACUUAUACAAGGAACAAAACUUGCAGGUUUAUCACGACUAUGUGCUCAAUCAUGGUAUAUAUUUGAGCAAACUGUUUCAAAAUAAUAAGCGAGCACGAAUUGCAAGGGCAAGGAAAGUAUCAUUUAUGAUAGAACAGCAUUUUAAGCAUAUUGCAGGUGCAGAAGAGAGGAAAGCACGAGAAGAAGAGAAGCACAAGAGAAAUCUGGCGAGGGCAGCCAUGCAAGCUGUCAAGAAAAGAUGGACAGUGGCUGAAAGAGCAUAUAAAGUCCUGUUGAAGGAUGAAGAAGAGCAACUGAAACGGAUAAAGCGUAAGGAGCAUCUUUCCAAGAUGCUGGAACAAAGUACUCAACUUUUGGAAGCUCAGCUGAGUCAUAAAACCGAAAGUGCCUCAAGCGAAACUGAAGAUGAAAGUGGAAAGAACGAAGAGGAUGGAUCUGCUUCAGAAGAGGACGAUGACUUUUUGACUUCCUCAUCAGAUGAAGAUGUGACAAAUGAUGAGCAAAAAAACACCACCUCGGAUGGUGACCAUGUUGAUGAUGAAAGAUUGACAAAGGAUGAGCUGGAAGAGAAGUACGCUCAUAUUCAUGAUAUUACAACGAAGAAUGAGCCUGAGCAAGGCUUACAAGAUGAGGCACAAAGUUCGAACUCAAGUGAUUCUGAUGACGAUAUUUCCGUCACCACAGAAGAGUCAUCCGAAGGAGAGGAAGAGGUCGUUUCCGAGGAUGAAAGAGGAAGUGCUGGAUUGAGCCUUCUCUUAGAACAGCACGAGCAGGAUGAUGAUAAUGACAACGAUGAUGAGGUUAAGUUUUCUUCGGGCGAUUCGGGCUCAGAUCGGGAAGGUAUGGUGGAGAAGAAUCAAACUCCUUCAAACAUAAAUCAGGGUCCAAAGAUCGAGGAACCAAGCUCAUUUGAUGCAAAGCAUGAAGAUGAGAUUCAAAUUGAUGAUAUCAAUGGCGUCGAUAAGAAAGAAUCAUCACUUUUAGAUCCGGUACGCAAUCCGGAUCCAUACUCUGUUGAAGAUGUCCCCGUUCCAUCACUUUUGAGAGGUACUUUGCGUACGUAUCAGAAGCAAGGCCUGAAUUGGAUGGCAUCCUUGUAUAAUAACAACACAAACGGGAUCCUAGCAGAUGAAAUGGGCCUCGGGAAAACGAUUCAGACAAUUUCGUUGCUGGCCUACCUAGCAUGUGAAAUGGAAAAUUGGGGUCCUCAUUUGAUUGUUGUUCCCACAUCAGUGCUGCUUAAUUGGGAGAUGGAGUUGAAGAGAUUUGCACCAGGGUUUAAAGUGUUAACAUAUUACGGUUCACCACAACAGCGGAAGGAAAAGAGAAAAGGCUGGAAUAAGCCUGAUUCAUUCCAUAUUUGUAUUGUAUCGUACCAGCUGGUUGUGCAAGAUCAAAAUUCUUUCAAGAGAAAGAGAUGGGAAUACAUGAUAUUGGACGAAGCACAUAAUAUCAAGAAUUUCAGAUCAACGAGGUGGCAAGCGUUACUCAAUUUCAAUACCCAGAGGCGAUUGCUUCUAACAGGUACUCCGCUACAGAAUAAUAUCGCUGAACUGUGGUCUCUACUAUAUUUUCUGAUGCCUCAAACUGCCACCGCUGGUCAAGGGGUCACCGGUUUUGCCGAUUUGGAGGCAUUUCAACAAUGGUUUGGAAAACCAGUAGAUAAACUUAUUGAAACAGGUGAAAAUUAUCAACAAGACGCCGAGACAAAGAAAACCGUUACUAAGUUACAUCAAGUUUUACGGCCGUACUUAUUGAGAAGACUGAAAGCAGAUGUUGAGAAGCAAAUGCCGGCAAAGUAUGAACACAUUGUUUAUUGUCGGCUAUCUAAAAGGCAAAGAUUUCUGUAUGAUGAUUUUAUGUCUAGAGCACAAACGAAGGCCACGCUGGCUAGUGGUAACUUCAUGUCUAUUGUAAAUUGUCUGAUGCAGCUGAGAAAGGUCUGUAAUCAUCCAGAUUUAUUUGAAGUGAGGCCGAUUCUCACUUCAUUUUGCAGAGAAAACUCUGUCAUUCACAACUAUGUCGGCAUGAAUAUGUUUGUGCACAAGCUAAUGAACCGCGAAAGUUACAAGAAUCGUGUUGAUUUGAACUCCUUGAACCUGGCUUUCACGGGCAACGAUCUAAUUAGCACGACCCACGAUUCAAGAAGCAUCAGUAAGUUACAAUGUAUCCAGGAGUUUGUUGAACAAAUUGACCAGAUGAGAGAGCGCCAAAGAUCCGAAGAUUACAAGAUGGCGGAGGAUACUCAGUCCAAUUUCCGAAACGCUGCUGAAUUCUUUGAGCACCUUGGUCAGAAUAAACUUCAAGAAGCGAUUGAUAAUAUGGAGUCUUUGCAAUCGAUCAACAAGCUGCGUUGUGAGCGGAAACCCAUGUUUGGUAAGAAUCUGAUAAAGCUCCUGACUAUCACACGCGAUCAAAGAAAUGAUACCAACUGUUUACAGGAAUGUAUGAGGCCGUUGCAGGAGAGAUUUACGAGUUGUAAGGGCAUCAUAGAAAAUUAUGCUGUGUUGACUCCGAAUGCAGUCACACUGGACUCAAGAAAGUUGGCUGUUGGGUUGAACGAUGAAAGCUCGAUCAAUGAAGAUGUACGAGACUCCAUAUUGAAGGUAUUUUUCACCGUGGGAAACCCGUUCCACCAUCUACAGACGAAGCUGACUAUUGCAUUCCCCGAUAAAUCACUAUUACAGUACGACUGUGGUAAAUUACAGAAACUUGCCGUUUUGUUGCAAAGUUUAAAGGACAACGGCCACAGAGCGCUGAUUUUCACCCAGAUGACUAAAGUGCUCGAUAUCCUGGAACAGUUCCUAAACUAUCACGGAUACCUUUACAUGCGACUCGACGGUGCCACCAAGAUCGAGGACCGCCAAAUCCUUACUGAACGAUUCAACAGCGAUCCGCGCAUCACAGUAUUCAUCCUUUCCAGUAGAUCCGGAGGUCUCGGUAUCAACCUAACAGGUGCAGAUACCGUUAUAUUCUACGAUUCCGACUGGAACCCCGCUAUGGACAAACAAUGUCAGGACCGUUGUCACAGAAUUGGCCAAACUCGUGACGUGCACAUCUACCGAUUCGUCAGCGAACACACUAUCGAGAGUAAUAUCCUCAAGAAAGCUAAUCAAAAGAGGCAACUAGACAAUGUGAUCAUCCAAGAAGGUGAUUUCACCACAGACUAUUUUACAAAGCUCUCUGUCAAGGACCUACUGGGCAACGAGGCCGCUAGCGGCCUCGAAGCCCAGGACAAACCACUUUUACCCGAAGGCUCAGCUCCCGAUCGUGAUCCUCGCAACUUGGAAAAAUUACUAGCCCAAGCAGAAGACGAAGACGACGUCAAAGCCGCCAAUCUUGCCAUGAAAGAAGUCGAGAUCGACAAUGACGACUUCACAGACCAGAAACCUGCCGAAUCCCCUUCAAACUCCACCGAACCACAACCGGAGAUUUACGACGAAUACGAGGGAACAAACCACGUCGAGGAGUACAUGCUACGAUACAUAGCCAACGGCUACUACUAUUAG